AUGGCAGCUGGUGGUGUAACCUCCCUUCAGAUGAAGGAACACCGUCUCUCAGAGCUGAGGAUUGUGCUGCUGGGGGUGAGAUUUGCUGGGAAGAGUUCAGCAGGAAACACCAUCCUGGGCAGAGAAGAAUUUGAGUCUGGAAGAAAAACUUCACAGUGUGUGAAGAGACAGGGUGAAGUAGCUGGGAGGCAGCUCACUGUGAUCGACACACCAGGCUGGUGGACAAAUUAUACUGUGGAGAGCACUCCAGAGUUGGAUAAACAGGAGAUUGUGCGCAGUGUGUCUCUGUGUCCCCCAGGACCCCACGCUAUCUUCCUGGUCAUUAAUGUGAGCACAUCAUUCACAGGAAGACAUAGAAGAUCAAGCCAGGAACACCUGGAGCUUCUCAGUGAGAGAGUGUGGAGACACACUAUAGUGCUGUUCACCUACGGAGAUUGGCUGGGAGACACAACCAUUGAGCAGCGCAUUGAGGCUGAAGGGAAGGCCCUCCAAUGGCUUGUAGAGAAAUGUGGGAGCAGGUAUCAUGUUCUCAACAAUGAGAACAGGGCUGAUGGCACUCAGGUCACAGAGCUGCUGGAGAAGGUAGAGGAGAUGGUGGCAGGACAUGGUGGCUGUCACUAUGAAAUGGACAGAAUGCUCUUACAGGAGGUGAAAGAGAAGAGGAGGGCAGUGGAAGAAAGAGCGAAACAGAGGCUGAUGAAGGUGCAGAAACAGAGGAAGACUCUCAGGGCACUUUUCCAAGGAGAGGACCACCAUCUCUCAGAGCUGAGGAUUGUGCUGCUGGGGGGGAGAUCUGCUGGGAAGAGUUCAGCAGGAAACACCAUCCUGGGCAGAGAGGAGUUUGAGCCUGGAAUACGAACUGCACAGUGUGUGAAGAGACAGGGUGAAGUAGCUGGGAGGCAGCUCACUGUGAUCGACACACCAGGCUGGUGGGACAUUUAUUAUGUGAAGGACACUCCAGAGCUGGAUAAACAGGAGAUUGUGCGCAGUGUGUCUCUGUGUCCCCCAGGACCCUACGCUCUCUUCCUGCUCAUUAAUGUGAGCUCAUCAUUCACAGAGACACACAGAAGAUCAGUGGAGGAACACCUGGGGCUUCUGAGUGAGAGAGUGUGGAGACACACUAUAGUCCUGUUCACCAGGGGAGACUGGCUGGGAGACACAACCAUUGAGCAGCACAUUGAGGCUGAAGGGAAGGCCCUCCAGUGGCUUGUAGAGAAAUGUGGGAGCAGGUAUCAUGUUCUCAACAAUAAGAACGGGGCUGAUGGCACUCAGGUCACAGAACUGCUGGAGAAGACAGAGGAGAUGGUGGCAGGAUAUGGUGGCUGUCACUAUGAAAUGGACAGAAAGCUCUUACAGGAGGUGGAAGAGAAGAGGAGGGCAGUGGAAGAAAGAGCGAAACAGAGGCUGAUGAAGGUGCAGAAACAGAGGAAGACUCUCAGAGCACGUUUUAAAGGAGAGGAACAUCGUCUCUCAGAGCUGAGGAUUGUGCUGCUGGGGUGGGGAUGUGCUGGAAAGAGUUCAGCAGGAAACACUAUCCUGGGCAGAGAGGAGUUUGAGUCUGGAAUAAGAACUGCACAGUGUGUGAAGAGACAGGGUGAAGUAGCUGGGAGGCAGGUCACUGUGAUCAACACACCAGGCUGGUGGAGGAAUAUGUCUAUACAGGACACUCCAGAGCUGGAUAAACAGGAGAUUGUGCGCAGUGUGUCUCUGUGUCCCCCGGGACCCUACGCUCUCUUCCUGGUUAUUGAUGUGAGCUCAUCAUUCACAGAGACAUGCAGGAGAGCAGUGGAGGAACACCUGGAGCUUCUGAGUGAGAGAGUCUGGAGACACACUAUAGUGCUGUUCACCUGGGGAGACUGGCUGGGAGACACAACCAUUGAGCAGCACAUUGAGGCUGAAGGGAAGGCCCUCCAGUGGCUUGUAGAGAAAUGUGGGAACAGGUAUCAUGUUCUCAACAAUGAGAACAGGGCUGAUGGCACUCAGGUCACAGAGCUGCUGGAGAAGAUAGAGGAGAUGGUGGCAGGACAUGGUGGCUGUCACUAUGAAAUGGACAGAAGGCUUUUACAGGAGGUGGAAGAGAAGAGGAGGGCAGUGGAAGAAAGAGCAAAACAGAGGCUGAUGAAGGUGCAGAAACAGAGGAAGACUCUCAGAGCUCUUUGUAAGGAGACACACCAUCUCUCAGAGCUGAGGAUUGUGCUGCUGGGGGGGAGAAAGAGUGGGAAGAGUUCAGCAGGAAACACCAUCCUGGGCAGAGAGGGGUUUGAGUCUGGAAGAAGAACUGCACAGUGUGUGAAGAGACAGGGUGAAGUAGCUGGGAGGCAGCUCACUGUGAUUGACACACCAGGCUGGUGGAUUAAUUAUUCUGUGAAGGACACUCCAGAGCUGGAUAAACAGGAGAUUGUGCGCAGUGUGUCUCUGUGUCCCCCGGGACCCAACGCUCUCUUCCUGGUCAUUAAUGUGAGCAAAUCAUUCACAGAGACACACAGGAGAGCAGUGGAGGAACACCUGGAGCUUCUCGGUGAAAGAGUCUGGAGACACACUAUAGUGCUGUUCACCGGAGGAAACUUGCUGGGAGAGACAAGCACUGAGCAGCACAUUGAGGCUGAAGGGAAGGCCCUCCAGUGGCUUGUAGAGAAAUGUGGGAACAGGUAUCAUGUUCUCAACAAUAAGAACAGGGCUGAUGGUACUCAGGUCACAGAGCUGCUGGAGAAGAUAGAGGAGAUGGUGGCAGGACAUGGUGGCUGUCACUAUGAAAUGGACAGAAUGCUCUUACAGGAGGUGGAAGAGAAGAAGAGGGCAGUGGAAGAAAGAGCGAAACAGAGGCUGAUGAAGGUGCAGGAACAGGGGAAGGCUCUCAGAGCAUUUUUCAAACAGCUGAGGAUUGUGCUGCUGGGGGGGAGUUGUGCUGGGAAAAGUUCAGCAGGAAACACCAUCCUGGGCAGAGAGGGGUUUGAGUCUGGAAUAAGAACUGCACAGUGUGUGAAGAGACAGGGUGAAGUAGCUGGGAGGCAGCUCACUGUGAUCGACACACCAGGCUGGUGGAGGAAUUAUUCUGUGCAGGACACUCCAGAGCUGGAUAAACAGGAGAUUGUGCGCAGUGUGUCUCUGUGUCCCCCAGGACCCUACGCUCUCUUCCUGGUCAUUAAUGUGAGCUCAUCAUUCACAGAGACACGCAGAAGUUCAGUGGAGGAACACCUGGAGCUUCUCAGUGAGAGAGUCUGGAGACACACUAUAGUGCUGUUCACCAGGGGAGACUGGCUGGGAGACACAACCAUUGAGCAGCGCAUUGAGGCUGAAGGGAAGGCCCUCCAGUGGCUUGUAGAGAAAUGUGAGAACAGGUAUCAUGUUCUCAACAAUAACAACAGGGGUGAUGGCACUCAGGUCACAGAGCUGCUGGAAAAGAUAGAGGAGAUGGUGGCAGGACAUGGUGGCUGUCACUAUGAAAUGGACAGAAUGCUCUUACAGGAGCUUCUAAUGUUUGUCAGCUUCGAUGUAAGAAAAGAGCAACACCGUCUCUCAGAGCUGAGGAUUGUGCUGCUGGGGUGGAGAUGUGCAGGGAAGAGUUCAGCAGGAAACACUAUCCUGGGCAGGGAGGAAUUUGAGUGUGGAAGAAAAACUUCACAGUGUGUGAAGAGACAGGGUGAAGUACCUGGGAGGCAGGCCACUGUGAUCGAUACACCAGGCUGGUGGAGGAAUAAGUCUGUAGAGGACACUCCAGAGCUGGAUAAACAGGAGAUUGUGUGCAGUGUGUCUCUGUGUCCCCCAGGACCCAACGCUUUCUUCCUGAUGAUUGAUGUGAGGUCAUCAUUCACAGAGACACACAGGAGAUCAGUGCAGGAACACUUGGAGCUUCUCAGUGAGAGAGUCUGGAGACACACUAUAGUGCUGUUCACCUGGGGAGACUGGCUGGGAGACACAACCAUUGAGCAGCACAUUGAAGCUGAAGGGAAGGCCCUCCAAUGGCUUGUAGAGAAAUGCAGGAACAGGUAUCAUGUUAUCAGCAAUGAGAACAGGGCUGAUGGCACUCAGGUCACAGAGCUGCUGGAGAAGAUAGAGGAGAUGGUGGCCAGAAACAGAGGUGGAUACUUCACUAUACAGGAGAGAGAAAGAAGGGGUGUCAGUUUGACACAGUGGUUUCAGAGUAAGAAAGAGACAGAAAAGUCUCUUGAGGAGGAAUGGAGCAGAAGAGAGGAGGAGCUGAUAGAGAGGAUGUUGAAGGUGGUGGUCGACUCAGAGACAGAGGGAUCCACUCUGCCAGUCAGGAAGAGGAAGGGCAGUAUGGAGUAUAAUCCCCCUUCUAGUGAGUUUGGUUCAUAA